AACGCAACGGCCUCGUUUUUUCUCUUCCUCUCCAAGUCCCCAAGAGGAAAGCGUCGUCCCCCCAUAGGCCGAAGUAAAUCUCUGCGUUCAGCUCCAAAAGCGAGGUCGUAUUAGGAGUGGUAGAUUGAAAAUGGAAGCCUCACAGGCACCAUCGAACGCAACGCCAAAUCCUAACCCUAACAACGAUUUCACAAACAACGGCAAUUCGAUACUGUCAUCGACGCCGGUGUGGCCCACAAUCGACGGACCGUUUGGCCUGUCGGAGGAAGAAUCGUUGUCCUACGCGCGGAGGUUCUACAAGUUCGGCUACGCGCUUCUGCCGUGGCUUUGGGCCGUCAAUUGCUUCUACUUCUGGCCCGUUCUCCGUCACUCUCGCUCCUUCCCUCGUAUUCGCCCCUAUGUUCUCAGAUCAGCAGUUGGGUUCACAGUGUUUUCAGCUCUUUUGUCUUCUUGGGCAUUGACAUUUGCCAUUGGAGGAGAACGCCUUUUUGGUCCUAUCUGGGAUCAACUGGUAAUGUAUAAUGUCGCAGACCAGUUAGGUUUGACAGGUUGGAGCUAGUCAUCUGCCCUACAAAAUUAUAUGCCUGCUAAACAAUAACUUGAAAGUAAGAAAAAAGGUGGGAAAACAAUGGUCUGUGUUUUUGAUUUCUUAGUAUGAAAUCACGCUUGUAUAUAUUCUGAUCGCUAGACCAAUUAUGCUUUGUAGGCAAUUGUCAAUUUUACUGAAACUUAAUUGCGCUUUUAAGUAGAAGGAAUGUGGUCACACAUGAAAGCUUGCUUUUUCUCUGCUUUUGGGUGUAAUAAUAUAUACUUUGUGAAUAUUUGUUCUUCAUGAUAGAAAUGAGUAGGGUCAAAAUAUAAAGCUC